CCCUCUUCCUACUCAAAUACUCACAUUCUCUCUCUUGUUUGUCUUCUCUCUCUCUUCUGUCAAAAUUUGUCUGGUGGCUGCCACUCUUUGAAUUCAUUCCAAGCUGUCUCUUCUAACAAGACUUUUUACAAACACAUUCCCUUCAUUCACAUUGAAAGCAACUACAAACGCCAGAGCUCCUGCCCACAAUGCAGAUUCAGACGAGAACAGUCCAAGUAAAGCAGGUUUCAGAUCUAGCUAGUGAGAGAGAGAUUCAUGAAUUCUUCUCAUUCUCCGGAGAAAUCGAACAGAUUGAGAUCCGACGAGAAAAUCAAGAAAUUCAAACAAAAAGGGCAAAAUGAACCUGGGCAGUCAAAGACGGCAUUUGUUACGUUCAAGGAUCCAAAAGCGCUUGAAAUUGCAUUAUUGUUAUCGGGAGCAACGAUAGUAGAUCAGAUUGUGAGUAUAACUCCUGUUGAGAAUUAUGUACCAAGACGUGAGACCCAUGAAGUAAGGAUGGUGGAAAAUGCUGUGUGUGUUGCUCCUGAAAAUGUCUUAUCAAAUGCUGAGGAAAAAAGUAGCUUGCCCAACAAUGGAAAAAUAUAUGUUAGCAGAGCUCAAGAUGUAGUUGCAAAUAUGCUUGCAAAAGGUUCAGCUAUCAGACAAGAUGCAGUGAACAAAGCCAAAGCAUUUGAUGAGAAGCAUCAAUUGACAGCAAAUGCAUCUGCAAAGGUCAUUUCCUUUGACAGGAGAGUAGGGCUUUCGGAGAAAUUUACAGUUGGGAUUUCAGUGGUUAAUGAGAAAGUGAAGUCUGUUGAUCAGAGGCUUCAUGUUUCAGAUAAAACGAUGGCUGCGAUAUUUGCUGCAGAAAGAAAAAUUAAUGAUACAGGAUCGGCUGUUAAAACUAGCAGGUACGUAACUGCAGGAGCAGCCUGGCUAAAUGGUGCAUUUACUAAGGUUGCUAAGGCUGGACAAGUUGCAGGUUCGAAAACCAGAGAAAAAUUCCAUAUGGCCGUGUCAAACUUGACUGCGAAGGAACCCCCAAUCGCUGCAUAAACCAUAGAGUGUGGUGGUAACAGAAAAAGUAGGCCUCAAUGAAUCGCUUGCCUCAAUGAAUCACUUCUCAUGAAUACAUUCAACAACCUUGUUGCUUUGGUCAUCAAUUUAUGGGUCUCCGAAAGUAUUUGGUGCAGCUUCAAAGUGGGAAGAAUUUGAUCAGUCUCCCUGUGUGCUAUGUCCUCCAUGGUUUGAUGUGUGCUCUGCUCUAUUCCCGUAAUUCAAAAUUUUCUCUAAAAUUUUUUAUUUGUUAUUUUUCCUGGGUUUAUUGUGCCUGAGGGUUCUUGUAAUUUUGCAGCUGUAAUAUUGAUUUUGUGGAGAGACAUAUUUGAAAAAACAGAAGAAAAAUCAUUUGAUUGAAUCAUAAAGAAAUUCAAAAUGUCAGAAAGAAUCUUUUUUUCUUUUGUGCC